ACGCCCGCAGCGAGGGCGUAUUUUUAUGUGUAGACUCUAGUCAGUGGCGCUAGUAGUGGUAACGUAGCAGUUUGCUCGCUCACUCGGUCUACUCCCGUAACACUGAUACAGAUACGAGUUGAGGCUGAGGAGCGCACACCAGCAACUGUAAGCGAGAUAGAACACAAGUGCUACCGCGUUACACGGGAACCCGUAGUUGAACGCCUGCGUCUCUCUCUUAUACUACUCCGACCACUACUACGACAACUACAGGAACUACAACAACUACUACUGCUACAACUACUAUUACAACAACUAAUACUCCUGCUACUACUAACUCUCGGUGUACAGUGUCGCGGAUACAAUUCCAAAGCCAGUUAGUACUUGGCGCCCAACACGAGUCUCAUCGGAGCCUCAUCAGUCACCAGUCAUCGGUCAUCAGUGAUCAGUCAUCAGUCAUCAGAUCAGUUAAUAAACAAUAAUUAUUGUUAAUAAUAAAUCGAUUAUUGGACCCGAGUGCGGAUUAAAAGUGUCGACAGCAGUGACCGUUCGGCCCCCACUCCAGCCCCAGCCCCUGUACUCUUGAUCCUCGACACUCUUGGCGGUCUGGUGUCGCGGUUCCGCGAGACGAUCGCUCUCUCCCACUACACCCGGAGCCCGACUCCAGACAAUAUACCGAGUUCGACACGGGCGACACUGUCGGUCCUCGUCCCACUCGCCGUCGCACUACAGACUACUCCGAGACCAGACGUUUGAGACCGAACCGGAUUCCAUCGAAAAGAACACGACGAUUCGCUGGUGGAUAGUCGCGACCGAUCAUAGCUGGCGCGUCGAUCGGAUCAACGGACCGUCAGAUUGUCUACUCGCUUUCCAGUAUCCAUUCUUACCUUACCUUACACUUUAUUACUGUUAUGGUGUCCGUGGAUUUAUGUCAUACAUCUCUAUUUAAAUAAUUAUUGUCAUCAUUUAUUUAUUAUCUAGUGAUUAUUAUUUUAAAUACAAGUGGGAUAGUGUCUUUUUUAUUUACUGUGAGUGAAGUUUCUGUGAUAACUUGGAUACCUUUUAUUAUUUUUAUUUUAAAAAAUUGUUUUUUAAACUCCGAUAUCAUGAUCAUCACUUUUUGGUUUUCAAAUGAGUGAUUCGUGGAUAGUGAGUUUGUAUUGAGAAAAAAAAUUAAAAUUUUUUUUACAAAAAGUACUUGAUGUUAACCAGGUGGUUUUAAUUAUUUUAAUCAUGAUUGCGUAGCGAAUUACGACAAUCACGGCCCUCAGUGGCCGACACAACAUGUCACAGUUCUCUUAUCGUGGAUCACCAAAUUUACAGUGUCCCGUAACAGUAAGUGGAGCGUUAGCCUCAUCGUCACCCUCGCCAGCGUCGGCAUCGCACCUGACCAGCGGCGUCUCAUCAACCGGUGGUAGCGAUAACCACCCUCUGACGCCAUUGUCGAGUGUCGCGAGGAUGGCAGUGACCAGUGCGAUAAUUCGCCCACCCGGGAGUCCCACCAGCUCAGUGAGUCCCUCGUCCCAGCAGCCGCAUGGGCCUCCGCCGUCGGGUCCACCGGGCAGCGGACGCUGUUGCGACACCGGAAGACCCAUUUUCACGGACCCGGUCACCGGACAGUCGAUCUGCUCUUGCCAGUACGAGCUCCUGGGUGCUGGCUACCAACGUCUCGGUGGGAUCACACCCGCAGCUCUUUCCAUGUACUCGACGCCCUAUGCCGCCGCGGCGGCAGCUGUCGCAUCCGAGGGUAUGGCCGCGUACUUCCCAGCCCUCGGCGCCGAGCAAACUCCUUUUUACGCUCCCACCGCAGCAGGUCUCGAUCUAAAAGAGAAUCUAACCGCGGGUGCAGCGGGCUGGCCGUAUCCCGCAGUAUAUCAUCCUUACGAUGCUGCAGCAUUCGCCAGCUAUCCCUUCAACGGAUAUGGAAUGGAUUUAAAUGGCGCGCGACGAAAAAACGCGACCCGCGAAACGACGAGCACCCUCAAGGCCUGGUUGAACGAGCACAAGAAAAACCCUUACCCGACGAAGGGUGAGAAGAUAAUGCUCGCGAUAAUAACCAAGAUGACGUUGACCCAAGUGUCCACGUGGUUCGCGAACGCGAGGAGAAGACUAAAGAAGGAGAACAAAAUGACGUGGGAGCCGCGGAACAGAGUCGAGGACGAGGAUAACAAUAAUGAUGACGAUGACAGCGGUCGCAAGAGCGUCGACGAGAAGGACCGACUCGAUUCAAAAGACUCAGGAACGGGAUCAUCAGAAGACGGCGAGCGACCCACGAAUCGUCUGGACCUCCUGCACCCCUCGACAGGAAGUGGACUCCAGAGCCGCAUCCAGGAGAGCGAGUGGUCCGAAUCCCGUGCGGACAGUGGGCCCGAUAGUCCCGAGUGUCUCUACGACCAACGAGAGCCACCUCGGCACCCACUCCAGCUCCAGCACCCGGCGUAUCUCAGUGCCCACAACCGGCUUCUGCGCCAUCCGUCUCCCGAAAGCACCUCGCCGACGGGCCCAGUCCAUUUGCCGACCUCAACCAGCACCUCCAGCGGCAACUCCACGGAAAACGCUAAGCCCCGAAUCUGGUCCCUGGCGGACAUGGCUAGCAAAGACGCUGAUAGUCCCAUAGUGCCCUCUAGUGCUGCGCUCACUGGCCUCGGGAAUCCCUACCAGUCUUCUCCAGGAGGUGGCAAGAUCGUCAGUCCCCUGGCGAACCGGUUCCCCCCACACCAUCAUAUACAUCCAGCAAUUUCUGGGACUCAGUACGUCAGGCAUCAUCCGGACUUCUACCGUAACUUCUACGGUGCAGCUUCGCAGCUCGGCUCCGGGGACAUGGCUUUCCUGGAGUCUUACUCGCGGACCCUCGGGGGUCUUGGACUCCCACCCAAUUCAGUACCUGCGAGCAUGCUGACUUCAACGCCGCCCGCUGUCUCCACCAGUAUCACUGUCAAGCCCUUCCCCCUCAAUGGCAGUACCAAUUCUAAUAAUAAUAGUAAUAAUAAUAAUAAUAAUAAUAAUAAUAGUAAUAAUGCAAAUAAUAAUAGUAGUAAUAAUAAUAAUAAUAAUAAUAGUAGUAAUAACAAUAGUGGAGGCCUGAUGACGCCGUCGGAGGUGUCGCCGUCGUCCUCGGUGUCCUCGCACUCGGACCAGAGGUCGCCGCAUCCGAGUGAGGCGGAAGGCAAAUCACCGCGAGUGUGAUCGAUGUCCAAAAGCCACGAGGUUUAGUGAUGAUGAGUAAAUUUUCAUUGUGACCCGACAAUAAGCAGACUUAUGUCUUGUAAUUAGUGUACAGUUCUAAGAGAUAUUAUUGUCAUCUGGAUCAUAUUAAUGUUCAAUGAUUCUCUCCUGGUAAUUAUGAGAAGUUUUUGGGAACUAAAUUCUAUGAGGGGUUUUGAAUUUUUUUUUUAUAGGGAUAGAGCUCUAGAAGUUUUCUCAGCGAUUUUUUUUGUAAUUAGCAAUUUUUUUGCCCGCGAGUAUAUGAAUGACCUGGAAAAACAAAUUUUUUGACAAAACCUUUCAAAAUAUUUUUUUUUUUGCCCAAAAAAAAGCUUCUGUAUAAUUAUCAUGCAUCCAAUAGCUUUUUUGACUGAACCGAUUAUAACCGAACUAAAUAAUAAACAAAUAUAUAUAUAUAUAUAAAUAUAUAUAUACAUAAAAAAUAUGGAGAACUAGACAAAAUGACCCAUACGAAAAAAAUAUAUAUCCGGGCAAAUCUGGAAUAUGUCGCAUAUAUGCAACAUAUAUAUAAAUAUAUGUCUCAUAUAUGCAGAUUUGCCCGGAUAUAUAUUUUUUUCGUAUGGGGAGGAAACGAAAAUUUUCGGACAAAAUUUGAAUUAUUUCAUAAAUUUUCUAAUUGAAAUCCGCAUCCGGGAUGAAAUAAAAAAAUCAUUCACUCCGCGUUCAAUCGCAAAUUUUUUACAGUGGAAAUUUUCUUAAAAGCAAAAAAACAUUUUUCCAAAAAAAAUCUGAAAUUUUCAUUCAUUUUUUUACGAAAAUAUUUUUCUUUAUGUCAAAAUUUUGUUCAGCUCUCCCCUAAAAAUAUAUAUAUAUAUUUAUAGUAAAUAUGAUUCAAUUAGCUAAGACCGAUAAUUGAUAACAAUAUAAAUAAAAAUAUAAAUAUAGAAUAUAUUAAUUAAUAAUAAUAACAAUUAUUAUUUAUGUAUUUGUACAUAGUAGUUGAAAGGGAUUGACUUAAAAUGCCCAGCCAAAAAAAACUAAAUAAAAUGUAUGUACUGUAUGUAGUGUAGAUGCGUAUUAUUUUAUUAUGAUUUUUAUUAUUUUAUUACAUAUUAUAUUAUAUUAUAUUAUUAAUAACAAAUUGAUUAAUUAUUAAUUAUUGAUUAAUAUAAAAAAAACGAAUGUAAGUUCGCCAAUUAGCGAAUGACCACGUGGACAAUUGUUAUUUCAAUGUUUAUUAAAUAUUACUGAGGACGCCUAUCGAAAAUAAAUAAAAAAAAACAUCUUCAGUGUUACAAUUACAACGAUCAUUUAAUUACCGACUACCGAUUAUUGAUUACCGAUUACCGACUUCUAAUUACCGAGUACUGGUUAUUAUUGAUUAUGAUUAUCGAUUGCAUACUAUAGAUAAAAAUUUAAAAUAUUUAUGAAUGAGAUUAUGAGUGGGUUCAAAUUUCGAGUCGCGGGCUCGUGGAUCCGCUGAGUCCCGGAAAUCGAGAAUACGAAAAGUCGACUGCGCCUAACAUAUCACGCGUGAUUCGAAUAUUAAUAAUGAUAAUAAUUAUAAUAAUAAUAAUUAUGAUAGUGAUGAUGAUUUAAUGAUAAUUAAAAACUAACGAUUGCCAUCUUUCUUAGUCAUUUAUGUCCAAAAUGUGUCGUGCGUCUGGAUAAUAAUUAAAAUCGCUCUUGUAAUGCCACAUUGGUAUUUAUUAAGAAUAAAUAUUAAUUUAAUGAAAUUUUGAUGUUUAACAUGAUUUCGAGUGAUACGAAGCCCUUUCGCAAUAAAAUUAUCAUUAUAACUAAAAAAAACAAACGAGAACAAAUAUAAAAAUGUAUAUAUAUCUAAUUAUAUUUAUGGUUGUUAUCCUUAUCCUUUAGUCCUUUAAUUAUUUAUUUAUUUAUUAAAUAAUUAAUCAUUAAUCAGUCAACUGAUUGAGUUGUUUUCAGUUCAAACGGCUCUCACUUCCAAAAUAUUAAUUUUUUUGCAAUUGAGCUCAUGACCGAUUUUGUAGAGGAUUUCAUACUCUACAAAUUUGUUUUCAUAUAUUUUUUUCAUAUAUUUGCUAGUUUUCACGUAAAUUCAAUUUGAAACGAAUACAAAUUGAACGGAAUAAAAAUUAAUAAUGACAAUAAUUGGAAAACGUCUUUAUUAAUGUUCAAACACCUGCCACGCCUUAAAUAUUAACUUUAGCGCAAUAUUCACCUAUAUCAUUUUUGUAGAGAAUUUAAUGCUCUACAACUUUUAUUUCAUGCAUUUUUUUCAUAUAUUUGUUAGUUUUCAUGUAAAUUUAAUUUUAAUGAGAACGAAUUGAACUUGGAAUAAAAAUUAAUAAUGACAAUAUUUUGAAACC